AUGUUCAAGGAUUGGUGUUUCUCAUCUAAUAAUGCUUGGCAUCCAGGUGGUCGGAUUAUGAUCAGUUGGAACCGAAGAAAGUUUACUAUAAAUAUUUUAUGGUGUACAAGUCAGAUGAUGCAUUUGGAAGUAUGGGCUAUGGGAGAUAAUGAGAGUUUUUUAGUCACAUUUGUAUAUGCCUUGAAUGAUGAGGGUGGUCGAGCAAGUUUAUGGAAUGACAUGGUUAAGAUAGCUUCAGGAUUAAGGGAUGCAUGGCCAGUCCUUGGUGAUUUUAAUGAUAUUUUAAGUCCUGAAGAGAGAGUUGGGAAACGAACAAAGAGUUGUAAGUCUUCAGCUUUCAGAGACUGUGUUGAGGGAUGUAAAUUAGAGGAUGUCAAGUUCUCCGGAUGCUUCUUCACAUGGAACAAUAAACAAGGAAAGGAAGAUAGAAUUUACUCUAAAAUAGAUAGAGUAAUGGUGAAUCAAAGAUGGCUCAAUAGAUUUCCAAGUGCUGAAGCUGUGUUUUUAACUGAAGGAAGCUUUGAUCAUUGCCAAGCAAUGCUAUCUGUGUAUCCCGAGGCACAAAUGGGGAGGAAGCCGUUUCACUAUUUUCGGAUGUGGCAAAAUAUGGAUGGAUUUCAGCAAUGUUUAUUGAAUAGCUGGAAGAUACCAAUCUUGGGUUCACCAAUGUAUCAAUUAGUGAGUAAAUUGAAACGACUUAAAUGUGAGUUGAAAGAGAUGAACAAAAAAGGCGUAGGGGAUAUUAAAGCCACAGAUAGACAAGCGAAUGAAGAGAUGAUGCAUUGGCAGCAUAUGCUGCAAUCCCAACCUUUGAAUGAAGAGUUUAUCGCAAAAGAGCAGGAGUCUAGAUGCAAAUAUCAAGAAGUUCAUAAAGCUUACCUUUCCUUUCUGCAUCAAAAAGCUAAAGUACAGUGGCUUAAAGAGGGGGAUGACAAUACAGCGGUGCUCCAUGCUAGUAUUAGAGCAAGGAAAACUAGUAAUCGAAUUUACUCUAUUCGGAAUAUAGCAGGGGAAUGGAUGGAUGAUCCUAGAAAAGUCACUGAGGAAUUUUUACAAUUUUAUAAGGAGCUUUUGGGAACUCAGAUGGCAGAUAGGUGGUCAGUAAUUACUCAUUUAGUGAGGCAGGGGCCUGUAAUUUCAUAG